AUGACGGUGAACACAGAGAGGAAGAUGUCGUUGAUAGAUCAGCCGGCUCAGAAUGGCACCAGUUUGAAGAUUUGCUUUGACACUACUUUAUUCGACCGGUCUGACUUCACAGUCGAGAAGUUUAUCAAUUUCAAUCGGAAAAGAGUUACCUUGGACCAGCUGCACAAUGACUUACGUGCCUUUUUGCGACAUCUACAGAAUUCUAUGGUGGAACUUAUCAAUGACGACUAUGCUGACUUUGUAAACUUGAGUUCUAAUUUGGCCGCAUUGAAAGAGUCCAUUGAUAAGGUUUCGUCGGACGUUAAUGUGAGUGAUUAACGUUGUUUCAUUGAAUGUUUAGGUCAGAAUAGAAACACAUGAAAUGUAGAUUAAUUAGACGAUUAUGCAGAUUAAUAAACGUCGCAUGAAAGGCUAAUUAAAGCCGUACAUCAGACAAUCAAGGUUGUAUGAGAGGAUAAAAGCUUUACGAAAGUUAAUUGGAUUUAUUGUUAAGGUUUCAGGGUAGUUGGGACGGGUUUUUGAAAUCUACAUCAACAAUAAAAGAAACUGCUAGCUUUAUCAACCAAAAAUCUGAAGAAAUUGUACAAAAUCGACAGCACCAGACUUUGGUACGCAACAAAAUAUUGUUCUUGACGAGUUUAGAACGACUGUCAUUAUGCUUACGAAAGCGGCCGUCUGAUCUCUCUCAAAAAUGGUUAGUAUUUAAUUUUUUUAAAUAGUAUCUGCAUAUUCAGAAUCAGUUUUACGCUUUUUGAUUGUCUAUUUAAAAAUUUUAGGUAACAAUCUUUGUUAACUUAUAAAGUUAAAUCUUUUUAGGUAUUUAAAGUUGAUAAACAUCUUAACUACAAUUCAUUUAUGGCAGCUACGAAUCAGAGAGCUUGAUUUGAAGUCAGAUGCUUUUGUGGCUAAAGAUGUUUGUUUUGGAAGGACCAAGAAGUUGUUGACGGAAGACCUGGUAUCGGAUUUGAGGUCCGGCUGUCAGUUUGUGACUUUUAUUUUGAUUGCUUUAAAGUUGGUGAACGAAUUAGAGUACGCAUCAAAGAUUGUCUCUUACACCGUGAUCAAGAGCUCUAUUGAUGUUGUUGGGAAUGAUCCUAUUCAACAAUUGACAAGUCUUUUCGAACAGUGCAAAAAGGUAUGUUGUUGUAGUUAAAAUGCAACUUUGUUUAUUUUUAAUGGUUUUCUGGGAUUGAAACGAAUUAGUUUAUUAUGUGGAAUGGUUUUUGUUGCAGCUACGCUCGCAGUGGAUUACAAAUCUACAAAUUCACAAUCAGUUUAUACUAGAAGUCGAACACUUUCUGGAUGGUGCUAUUAUGGAGUUUGUGCUAGGAUUUUUGGACGAUGUAAGUAAUAUUAUUUGUAAUACUUUUUUAGUUUUUUUUUAAUUCUGAAUUAUAAUAAUUGCAGAACUUGAGUACGCUAUGUCUCCCAUCUGACCCAUCCACCUUCUUCCAAUCGUACACUUGUUCUCAGAGGUUUGCCUCUUCCUUUAACAACAUUAAAAACCAUCCGAAGUUUUUAAACGGAUUGAGUGAACGAUACAAUACGAAUCUGUACGUGAAACGAGUAACUUCACAUUUCAAAGACGAGAUGUUGAACAAGAGCAAAGAUCUUUCUGUAAGGUGGAAUAUUACACCAGAAGAUCGGCUACAUCCAUUUGAUCCAUCUGAUGUUAUUCUACGUGCAAUCGACAGGUUAUACUCAAAUGACUUUUUCUUGCCAGUUGUUGGGACAGAAUUCUGGGAAGUCACCUUGAACUUGAUUGAUCUGCACAUUCAGUGGAUUGACAAUUGUAUAAAGUAGGUAUAGAUCACCUAUCUAUAUAUUACAUUGAUAGACAUCAAUUUUAAAGUUUAUUUCAAUAUUGAAAUAAUUGUAGUGCGGAGCCAUUGAAGUCAGUGGACGAGAUCUCUGGAGUAAUAUCAGUCAAAGACAAAUGGCCAGAUUAUGUAAAUUUAGUGGCUGGUAUCAACAGUUUCCAUCUUAAGUUGUACGACUAUUGUGUCACCAAGAUCUUUAAGCAAUUCCAUGACAUGAAUGCAGAAGAAGCACCUUUCCGACAGUUUAUAAUAGAGCACAACAUGUUAAUUGAUGACAAACGGGUUAAAAUAAUUGAAAAACUGGUGGCGGAAUUGGUCGAAAAGGCAGCUGAUGGACUGUCGAAAGUGUCAGAGAUCCCAAAACAAUAUCGAUGGACAAAGAAGCCGGCUCCAACAGGUGCUAAUGAGUACGUGAACUCAGCCUUUGGGAAACAGAACGAGUUUUGUAAAAUGGCAACAGAGAUUGGGUGGAAAGAGGACUGGACUAACGAUUCUAUGAAGAGGGUCAGGACAGGAAUGGUCGAUGUGUAUCUAGAGCAUGCUAAUAAGGUAAGAAUUUACUUUUGUAUAUUUUUUCAGCAUUUUUUUAAAUUUAUAGCUUGUUGAAUUCGUCAUAGAUGUGUUAUAAAAUGUACCAAUCUAUAAAAGAAAUACUUUAAAUGUGAUAUUUUAGGUUCUAAGUUCAGUACAACAAACUGGCUCCAGUCUUCAACGAUUUAAACGAAAAGGUCUGAUGACUUCAGAAUCUUCAGAUAAGGUAGUGGAGACCGACGAAUACAAGAUCAAACUUCAACUACAGUUGGAUACCGAAGCCGUGAAGAAGGCUGCUACGGAAGUUGGACUAGAAGUUGAGAGAUUGGAUCAAUUCUUAGAAGCGGUUCAGCAAAUUGAUGCUUAA